AUGGAUGUCGACGCCCGCUCCCAUCCGGCCCCUGUCUCCUCUGAGCCCCACACGCUACUGCACCCGUCCGACGCGGUCCCGCCCCCGAUAUCGCAGGCUUCGCCCGAACUCGUGAAGGAGCCCCUUCACAUCCGCAUCCCCCCGCCCUCGCCGCUCAAUGUCAACCUGGGCACGUACAACCCGAAGCGCUCGCUCUAUCGCCUCGCAUCGCCCUUUGCGCCCCUUACAGCGGAUUUUGCGGAGCCCCGCACGCAAGACACACGCUCUGUGCCGCGGUGCGCGCAGGUUCAGGCUCAGGACGCGCUCGCGCGCAGACACGAAGAUCCGGAUGGAACGAUGAAUCCCGCAGGGCCAAACCAGUGCGCUGCCAGGUCGCCAGCCACUCCCGCAUCCCCUCGCCGAGCUCGCGACGCGUGUCAACACCUGGCCGCGCGCGUGCUCGGCAACACCUUCAUCCUCGGACGCACACGCCAUUCAACGCCGAUGAACGUCCGCCUUCCCCCCAACUUGGUCGCGUUCUUCGGCCCCUUCAUGCGCCUCCAAUGCGUCGGCCACCUCACCUACUGGCUCUCCGAAUUUCACGCGCGCAUCCUCAGCGGCUCCACGGCACGUUCGCGGUCUCGGAUCGCAAGCCGCGGCGCAUGCUCAUGGACCCGGUGGCUCGUCAACCUCGAUGUCGUGCUCGCGACCACGCUCACCGCCCUCACCGCCCUCCGCUUCUCCGCCCUCACCGCGGCUUCGCGCGCGCGCGGACAUCGCCGGCACCCACUCGCGUGGUGGUCGCGUAUACAGGCGCCGUUCCAGCCGUGCACGCUCCUCGUCCUGUGCCGCGUGGACACCGUCGCUCUCAGCUUGCUCGUCGAAGCCGACCUGGUCCGGCACGUGUUCAAGGACCGGCUGUGGGCGCCGGUGCGAGGGACGGCGUUCGUGCUCACCGAGCUCGACUCCGGUGGCGCCCGUACGUGCGACCGCCGCGCGGACACCGAAAGCGGGUACCGGUCGAAGAAUGGCUAG